GUGUGUAUAUAUACAUAUAUAUCAAAAUAAACGCAGAGUAGCGCUGUCAAGCUUCCUUCGACAAAAAUAGAAACCGCAUCGAUAUUGGGGCUCGCAAAAUGUCUAGCGCGAAGAUAAUAAAGAAUCCAGAAGUACCCGGAUUAGAAUGCUUCUUACCUCCGCCCCCACCACCCCCACCUCCUAUAACUUCAUCGACAAACGCCGUGUCGACGACUAGUGGUAUACAAAAUCAACAACAUCGGGAACAACAAAAACCAAUAGUAGAAACAACGAUAACGACAACAACGUUAACAACGGCUACAACAGAAACGAUAACGAGCUCGACAGCGACAAAUCCGAAUACGAUACAAACGGCUCUUCCAAAUUUAGCGGUGCCAACUCCGUAUAUUCUGCACCCUACGAUGCAACCGCAAACACCGACACAACAGCCUAUACCAUGGUGGAUUUCUACGGAGGCGGAUACCUCGGCAGAUAUGUAUGCGCAAUGGUACGAUACGUCGUACAAAGCUGGACCAGCUGCUAAUACGGUCGUUCAAGUAUCGGCGGUCCAGCCAUCAUCAAAACCGAAGAAUAAGUAUUAUAAGCGUAAGAACGAGUUCAUCGAUCCUGCCCAAGAUGCAGAAAAAGUUGCCAGUGCCCAGAGGGAGUUGUCAGCGCUGAUGAAGCCGCUCAAGUGCGAUCUCUGCAACGCGGUGAUGAACUCUACCCUGCAAGCGAAAUUGCAUUACGACGGUAAGCCUCAUCAAAAGAAGGUUUCCAUGUUUUUGAAUCAAAGCGUGAAAAAACAGAAGUCGGAAGACGGCCAAGUCAGUAGUACGACCGAUUGGCAAAAUCGGUGCGACAUUUGUAAAACUUGGUUUUCGUCGCAAAUCGAAGCGUCACAACAUUACGCCGGGAAGAAACAUAUAAGAGCAGCCCACGGCGGUCCUCGUUCGAGGCCGAAAAAGUCGCAGAAUCAAAAUCAGUACAACCACAUAGACUCGACUGGUCGAUACGGAAUAGGCAUGGCUUUUCAACAGGACGUGCAAGUGCCAGGAACAUCAGCCGUGGUAUCUGACGGUAACAUCAUGGUGUCACCGCAAGGAACCACGACUCCCAUUUACACACCCCCAGCAUAUCCCACUCCGCUUCGAUGUGAUCUCUGUGGUGUCUCCGCGAAUCGCCAGGAUCAACUAGAAACACAUAAGCGUGGUGCCAGACACAUGAGAAUGCUUAGACUCAACGGAUUACCCAUUCCUGAACUACUUUCUGAAAAUGAAAACGCUUCGAGUUCAUCAGGUCCCAUAGAUUAUUCCAUUUACAGAACGCCUUCGGGUCAAUAUUAUUGCGCACCGUGUAAUCUGUCGUUGAACUCAGAGAGCACGUUCGCUCAGCACGUCGAGAGUAAGAAGCACAAAAACCAAUCGAAUCCCAAAUCGCCAUUGAAUGCCGCGGUGAUAUCGAAGAAAGCAAGAUUCAAGAAGAAAUAAAUUAACGUAGAGCGUAAUCGUUAUUUCUUCGUUUAGACCGUAUUUUUCCGUUUAUGUUUCAUUUUUAUUUCGACAGAUAUCGACAAUCGUUAUAUCGAGGAAGUUCGAUGUGCGUCAUCGAUCUUCUUUUUAACGUGCAAAACGAACAUAACAAUAAACUUUUGACGUCUGGACGUAAAAGAAGAGAAUGCGUUAAAUAGCGAAAUUUUACGAUCGUUUUUUCUUUUUUCUUUUUUUUUUUUCUAUCUUAAUUAAAUGUUCGUGGCGAAUCUUCGUAUACGUCGGUGAUAAUGUCUGUGCGGAUAUUAGGAAUUAAACUAAAGACAGUCGUUUGCCGUCGUCUAGGCCGAUGAUGAGAAAAUUAAGUACGUUAUGUCGGACGGGUGGGGUGGUACGAAGGGGGUUCCAUAUUUUAAAUGAAAUACCGAUUAACUUUAAAUUAAAUUCGCGCUAACUCGAGCGGAUACUUAGUCGAGCCGACAGAGUUAGUUACAAUUUCUCUCGGAAGUCGCUUGCAAACGAUCAUCAUCGUUUAUCAGUAUUUAUUCGAUUACGAAACUAUUAACGCGCGGUUCGAGUAAAAUGUAUUCUCAUUCUCGCGUUGAAGAGGAUUCGCGAAAUCGAAUCGUCGUAAGCCAUCCGUCGCGUUACGCGCCUCGUUCUCCCAAGCGUACCGUGUCAUGGCCUAUACGUGAAAUUUAUGCGUCGCUCGUUCCUCUACCUUCCGUAGAGAAUUUAUGACCGCUAGCAAACGAGCCUAACAUCGAAACCUCUCGGGUCUAUUAAUUACCUGCUAAGGUAACGCUUAUGACGUAUCAACCGUUUACCAGUAUCUUUUUUACCGUCACUUCCGUACGAUGAAUAUAUGAUCGAAAGACCGGUAAACAUAAAUAGAGAAUACUACUGUGUCAGACACGACGAAUCAGAACCGAAUUUACGAGCAGGUAAAUUUACGACGAAUAAAAGCUCGACUCGCGCGAUUCCUGGAUAUAUUCGGAGUGAAACGAUACAGCGAAGAUCGUCUCGACAUUUCUUCCCGAAGUCGCUUUUCUUACUUUUUCUUCUUCUUCUUCUGCUUCUGCUUCUUCUGCAUCUUCUUCUUCUUUUUUUUUUUUCUAUUCGUCCUGGUCGGUACAAGCGUCGAUUUUUCUAAACGAAUUCAAAAGAAUUCGCUUGGCAAUUUGGCGAAGCAAGGGGUUAUUUUCUUUCGGAGUUUAUUUUUUGUUUUUCCGCCUUUGGCUCUCUUACUCUUCCUUGAGCGACUAAAAGAAAGAUAGAAAGAGAGAUUAGGAUCGUUCUCGCACGAACUUGUAGAUUGUUGCUUUAUACCUGCGCUUCGGAUUUUUAUGACCUCCCUGGUUCCACGUUUAGCGUGUUUUCUUCUUUUUAUUCCCUUCUUCAUCCUCCCACUAUAUCUUCCCUCUUUCUCUCUCUGUUUGUCUGUCCACGACAUCUACAAAAAAUCCCUUUUCCAUCUUCUCGUCUACCGCGAGCCAGUAUCCAGGGGUGCCACUCUUUCUUCCACGUUUUGUUUUCUGACCCGAUGCUUUAUGAAGCCUAAGAGUAUGAGACCGCAUUGCGUUACAUUGUAGCUUUGAGAUUUAAGAGAACUCCUUUCAAAAGAGGAAUAGAAGAAAGAGAGAGAGAGAGAGAGAGAGAGAGAGAGAGAGAAAAUAAAAAAAUGAAAAAAGAAAAAGAAAAAUAUCGUCGAGAGAAAGUCGUUGUUUUGUAUUCGAGUCACCAAUACCAAUAUCAUCUACAUCAUCGUUUCUCAGCGAUCUUUGGGCGUAAAUUAUUGUGGAAUACAUAAAAAGGUCACGAAUAUAUAUAAGCAUAGGAUGCUUAUGGUCGUAGAAUUCUACGAAUGAGACGACGGGAUGGAAAACACGCGAAUAAAUGUAAAACGUU